AUGUUACUGUGUAUCGUUCUCACAGUUCUCCGCAAAGUGAUCCUGAACCGGAUACAGGAGAAGAUUGACGGAACUCUCCGACGAUCCUGUGUGGACCAUAUUGUCACGCUCCGUAUCAUCCUGGAGCAAGUCAAUGAAUUCCAAGAGUCUCUCUACUUAGUGUUCAUCGACUACGAAAAAGCUUUCAACCGUCUAAAUCACGAAAAUAUGUGGGGAGCCCUGAGACGCAAGGGAGUCCCUGAGAAAAUCAUCGGUCUAAUUGAAGCACAGUACGAGGCAUUUUCGUGCAGAAUAUUGCCCGAUGGUGUCUUGUCUGACCCCAUCCGGGUCGUGGCUGAAAUUAGGCAAGGAUGUAUUCUAUCACCGCUACUGUUCCUCAUCGUAAUCGACGAGAUCCUGGUAGGAGCGAUUGACCGUCCAACAAAUCGUGGGUUUGCUGUGGCAACCUAUUACUAG